GCAGCAGCAGCAGCAGCAGCAGCAGCAGCAGCAGCAGCUCCGUGCCUUGUUGAAAUGUCCAGAGGAGGCGGCGCAUGCAGCGGCCUCGCAGCGCCACAGGGGCCGCCAAGUAGUUGAGGAUACUCGGACACAGUUUGUGAACGACAGCCGCUGCAUGUUUGUGUUUUUGCCGAGGCUGUAGCCACUUUUUAUUUUGAAUGGAAUGAGAGGCGCGUGUUCGGCUGUUAAAAUGGGAUUGUUUUUGCACGCGGUUGGCUCUGUCACCCCUCCCGAGUCCGCAGCAGACAGGGGCUUUUCUUGCUGUUCUCUCCCUGCCUCACACUCAACACACACGUCUCACCACUCUGUACGACGUAUUAUCACGCAGCGGCCCCAGCUAGGAGCUCGCCCUCCGCUGCUGCUUGGAAAUUUCCGUAGAGCAAUUCUUGUCCACUGUUUGGGCCUGGAUUGGAGUGGGAGCCUCCUGCACUGUGAAGGUGUCAACAACCAGAGUUACAUCUGUGAGUCGGGACACUGCUGCGGGGAGUCUCAGUGCUGCAGUUACUACUACGAGCUUUGGUGGUUUUGGUUGGUUUGGGCAAUCAUCUUUAUUUUGAGCUGCUGCUGCGUGUGUCACCAUCGCCGCACCAAACAUCGACUGCAGCAGCAACAACGGCAGCACGAGAUCAACCUCAUCGCUUACCGCGAAGCACACAACUACCCCUCUGUGCCCUUCUACUUCAGGUUUCUGCCAAACUACCUCCUGCCUGAUUAUGAAGAGGUGGUCAAUCGGCCACCGACUCCUCCCCCUCCCUACAGUGCCUUACACACAGGCCCAUCCUCAGUGGCUUCUAGUCCACUGGAUCCUGAGCAGCAGGAGGGACACUGUCCAGCCAUCCAGCCCACUGCAGUGGCCCCGGUCUCUGACAGUCUGUGCUGCAGACCCAGCAUAGAGGAACCACAACCCCCCACCUUAGACUUUAGGCCAAAGCCUGAUAACAAGCCCAUGCAGACAGCACAAGAGUCAGGCGUGAUACUGCUGUCAGACCACCUCAACAGUGAGGGACUUACCAGCCAGGAGAAAAGAAGUGGAAGUGGGGACGACUCCUGCAAGGAUCCCCUGCUGAAGGACUUGUCGGAGGGUUCUGCUGAGGACAAAGACCGACUCCCCAAUGGGAGAAGGAGGCGAUUUACAGGGGACUCUGGGAUUGAGGUGUGUGUGUGUGGCACACGUGGGAGCAACAGUUUUAGCGGAGCUGGAGGGACAGGCCAGGAAGGCAAGGAGUUGAGAGAGCUAGAGCGCCUGCUGGGACGAGAGGGAGAUGAAGAGGAGGAAGAGGGGGAAGAGGAGGCAGGCGACUUCUGUGACAGCUGCGGCCAUCGAGCCUCCUUCAGUGCGGAGGAGGAGCAGGCGCUGGGCGGGCUGGAGAGGAGGGUCGCACGUGGACCACCAGGAGCUCCUCAGCCGGCUCACCAGAUCGGCAGCGCCUCGCUCCACCCUCCAGUGUGCCUCCUCCUCCACACCAUCAAUGAGCAGGAGGGACCGCACCACAGCAGCAGCACUGAGCCGCAGGGGUGAACCACAAUCAACACACCUAUCAGAGAGGGAAGGAGAGAGCACUUGAGACAGAGCAUGGAGGCAAGCGCUUUUGUAUCAGAGCAAGUUUGUUGUGUUUAAAUACUUUCAGAUUGAGUAUUUUUAUGAUUGUGUGCAUCUUAGAUAAAACAGGUGUGGGAGAAGGAAGUGGCAUCUCAACUGAAUAUGAUUGAGAUCCAAAGGUUGAGAGAGCUUGCUUGACUCCACACUGGAACAGUGGCCUUAACCUGUGUAUGUUCGGGCAGUACAAGCCCUUUAACAGCCUGUGGCAACUGAGACUUCUCACAUUGCUCACGCACACACACACACACGCACACAGGGUCUUUCAGUUUUUCCUCUCAUGCAACAAAAGCUACAGAUACACAGUCAAAGACGUGAUCGCUGAGGCUGUGACGUCAGGACACGACGUUCACUGCCCAGGCUAAAAGCAGCUCUUCUCACCGGGUGCUUGCAACAAUUCUGCAAAGCUGUUCUCUGCAGGCAGGAAACCACGUAGAAUUAAAAAAAAAAAAAAAACAGCAGGAACUUUUUGGAUGAGUGCAAUGUGGAUUUGCCACAGUGUGUGCUUAUGCAAACUGAUACUGUAGGGACAUUAGUACAAGACUGUGUGGGACAUCCCAUUAGAGUCAGAUUCAUACUUCUUAAGUGCUUUUUGCAGCAAUUAAAAACCGCUCUGCCUUGUGUCCGUUUUUGUUGCUCUCUAUCUGCCCCGCUAGUGAUAAGGAAGUGUAAGUGCAUUUACAAAUCUUCAUGUGAGCAGUUCCUAUUUUGCACAAAGUGUAUUUAUCUUUAUACAUGAAGUCUUUAGUUGAAGAAUAAAAUCAAAACAGAAAUUGCUUUAAUUAAUUCAGUCUUAAAUUGCAGUACAUGAUUAGGAUUUUGUUGCAACAUCUGUAAGAAAUGGACGUCUGUGAAUUGUUAGUAGGGAGUGCAACAGAUUCAUUUAGUACACAAUCUUUUUUUUUAGAUUAAUUUAAAUAAUGUUUGUAGUUUGUGUCAACCAAAAAAGCAGAACUUUGAUGAACAAUGAUUUCAGUGAGACCAUUAUAAAGCAGGUAUUAAAACAAAAACAAACAAACAAAAAAAACUUCUUAGAGAUUAAAACUGAGAUGGGCAACGUCAGACCUCAAACUUUUGUGCUAGUCGCCUCAGUAGAUUACCACCUUCACCAGCUAUACAGAAUAAAAACAUUUACACUCUUUGUAUUGGAUUUUCAUAGUAGCACAUUUGACCAUGCUUUUGAUGUGGUAUUCAUAAAUAAACAUUUUUAGCAGCUUCCUAAAGGGUUCAAAAAGGUUGAUUUCAGUCAACUGGACUAAAUAUGGCUUGUAAACUGUUUUUUACCAAUGGAUGACUC